UCUCAAAGAUUACAACAGUUGCCUGAGUCGGCACAUGGGCGAGGCACAGCUCUAACUGGGCACAGCAGUUACCACUCAGUACGAAAAUACCAUCAGGUUGAACAAGGUUCACAACGAAAUCGAAAUACCUUAAGCAUGAAGUCAAAACAGUUUCUGGCAGCAGCUGCCUGCCUGGGUGUGGUCCUAGUUCUGGGGGUUGCAAUGGCACAGGAAAAUGCAAUGCUUCAAAUACCCCCUUCACUGGUCGAGUGCUACAACACAUCUUUCUUCAUGAAUCGGGAUAAUCGUUUACCGGCCAACAUGGACACUCUCAUUUCGCUUAUUGAGAAGGUGGAAAACAGCUACGCCGGAACAUCAGGUGUGCAAGCCGAUAUUCGAACCGUGGCGGUGUCCCUGUUGCAUCGUUUCCGUCAAGACGGUAUUAAAAAAGCCCCUGGAAUUAAUGCCGUCAACGGCGUAAUACCAUACAGCCCAACAGGCUUUCAGUUUCCGAAAUUCAAAAUCUUGCUUUCACGUUUGAUUCCGGGAAAUGCCAACAGCUUUCCCAACAGUUCCUUGACAAGUGUGGAGCGGUGCUCUCUUCAUUUUUUGCUAUCAAGCACCUUUGACACAAGAUUGCGCGGCGAUGAGAACACAGUGUGUAAUCAGCUAUCUCAGUAUCGAGCCCAGCGAUUGCCGCGAUCACUGAAGAAGGAUUAUGACAACAACUUUAUUGGUGAUGUUGAAUGGCUCGAGACGCGCCCUAAGCGAGGUCGUUCCUCCACCUCCGAAUCAAAAUACGGACAAUUGGGAGAAAUGGACUAUGAAUCCGAUUGGGCCUAUGCCGGCCCGGAAGGUCCUAGCCAAUGCCCCGUUGAAGAUGGCCUUGUUCGAACUCGCUGGGGAACGGUUUCAGCCGGCACCCUGAUUGCCGGAAUCGCAGCUGGCGUUCAGCAGCAGACAGUCCAAUUGAACACCCUGCUAGCUCUGGCCUCUCAGCGAGGUGCACGUGGUCGCAGUCAGUUCCAGACAAGUAAUAGCAUUGACAACCGGUGGGCGGCUACUUUGGCCGGAGACUUGGCUGAGGUGUCAUUGGUUCAGCUUCCAGGGUCGAACAGCAAUGCUGCUUCUGUUGGAGCUACAGGAGGAUGGAAUGAUACUGUUUUACCCCACUGGUACUUUUUAUCGCAAAGGACCAAUCUUGAGGCGACCGAUGCCGAGAUCCGUGGUGGCCUUGAUGGGUUGAUUCUUGCCAAGAAUGUGGCCAAUUGGAGAACUCAAGCAUCCAGCCUUAAGCUUUCUCAAUUGCUACGCAUGUACUACUCCACAAAUGGAGUACUUAGUUCCGGUAUCAAUGCCUGCAGUAGGCAAAGCCAAUUCACAAAUGUAGCACCAUCACAGGAAAUGGAGGACCAGACUAGUGCGUUUGCUCAAGUAUUGGAUCGUGAAAUGCAGCUACGUGUCACCCUCCAACCAUCCGCUAUUGCCGAGUUUGCCGGCAACGCCACCCUAUCUCUCGUGACGUAUGUGCCACAAUCCCUUAACGAUGUGUCUUGUACGGCAACAAGUAAUCUUGACUUGACGGAUGUCAUUACUCCAAUGACUAAUCUGUACAUUUUCCUGGAUACAUCCUGGCAGUAUAGAACCAUUGUUGACUACGUAGUUUAUGUCAUUCAGCAGUUAAAUAUUCACCCAUACGCCAGCACGGUCACCAUGCUUUCGGCACAAGAUGGGUCGGUUAUUGUAAACACCACAAACUAUAUUACUGAUGUAUAUCAGCAAUGGAAUGUGACUACGCAUGCGACAUAUACUCAAGGAUUUAAUCUUCCUAACGUGCUCCGAACGAUUCAGAACCUAACCCAAAGCUUAAUGAACGUUGAAAAGACCAAUUCCAGUUUAAGUGGUCACUCCCUGGUGGCAUUAAUCAUUCCCAAUCAACAAACUGUUAAUGAUGGCGACUCCAGCUACGCAACUACAGAAAUUCAGUACAUUCGAGAACAGAUUCCAGACCUGCGCUUUAUAUAUUAUGGCGGUGGAAGUAUUCAGCGGUUUUCGAGCUUUGUUCGCGAUCCCUCCCAAGAUCUUUUCUCCCUUUCUUUGGGCAGUACGGCGGCAACUUCGGCAGGACCCGUAGCGAAACGCAUUAUUCAAAUUCCUCGUCGCGUCAUUAACCCUCGUUGUGGAUCGAAUUGGUACACAAAUAGUUGGGGUACUGAUCAAACGGCCCAAUAUGUUGGGCCCGGCAAGGUUAACUUUUACCGAGUCUCUGCCAACUAUUUCUUUGGAGCUGGGGCGAACCGGUAUUUGACCAUUCAGUCUCAGAACGGAGGAAGUUACACCAUAUGUACUUCACGCUCCUAUUCGUGGCCGCAACAGAACUCAACAACGAGCACGACGGCCAACUCAAUAGAUCAGAGCUGCACUCCAAUAACUGGAAAUAGUUAUAGUUAUGACCUUUCAAGCGCCUGUAAUGGCUACUACACUAUCACCCAGUGUCCAGACUUGUAUUUGUCAGUUCAGGCAACCUCAAACACCACAUCCUGCACACAGGACGCCUGCCAGACGCCGGACCAAUGGCGUUAUAUUAUGUCUAUGGUUAACAUGGGAUGCUAUAGCGGUGUCUCGGGCCUGGCAGGCAGCCUGAUGACAAUUCUAUUUGCCUUGUUAUUACAGAGACUGAUUCAGUGAUUGGUGUCUAAAUUAUGGUAGUAUUAGAGGACCGGCGUCAAAGUUCAAUGUCCCGUUCCGCUAACCUUAAAUAUUAUUUUGUCGUUUAAAAUUGCUAAUAUAUUUUUUCGUACAUAAGUAAAAGUUCCAGUGAAAUAGUCGUAAUAAAUGUUCUCUACUAGAACUAAAA